AUGAACUAUCCAUUAAUGGACCUGAUAGCCAAAUUUCAGAAAACACAAGCGCAAGUGAAGAAGAAAGCAAUAAUGAAAUAUCUAAAAAGCCAAUUUAUAAAAAAAACAAAAGUAAGACAUAAAGGCAGCUCAAAAAAGCGAAGCUGGGUCUGGAAAUAUUUCGAUUCUGAAAAAGUAAUUGAAAAGUCUAAAAAUGUCAAUAUUGAAGUCAUGUACGGCAUUUGUCUUGUAUUGGAUAAUUCUGAAGAAAAAUGUAAUACAUGGUUAAGAAUAGUAAGCGGGUCAACCUUGAAUCUAAUAAAUCAUUUAUCAAAUAUUUAUAGUAUCAUGAAAGAUGGACCUAAAUUAUAUAAACAAGAUAAUCCUAUGCAAACCACAAUUGAUUUAUUUGCAAGAUCUGGCCCUUAUCCAUAUACUAAAUCUAAAAAUGACAAAUUGACUAAAGCACUUGUUAAGUUUCUUAUUCAUGAUGCACAACCAAUUAGUUUUGCAGUAAGCCCUAACUUUCAUGAAUUCAUAAAAGAAUUAGAUCUAAUGUUUAGUUUACCUGACGAAAAAUGUGUAAAACAAAUAAUUUAUGCUCUAUAUAAUAAAUCUUAUGAAAUUAUGUGA